AAUGGCCACAGACACAAACGUCAGGUCAGCGUAGACUCCACUGUCAAAUACUGUGUCCAAUUUUCAAGUUGUGUUCUCUACAUAUCGUCAAAAUUUUCGACUUACCUAGAACCAUGUCUAAACGAGCCACAAAAAAUGAAUUACCUCGUGAUGCACACGUAAUGCAGGUUCUGCGACGCGAACUAAAUCGCAAUUCGCACCAGAUAACCCAGACCUUUUGGCAUGAAUUUGAACAGAUACGCCGUCGCCAGCGCAAUCAGCUGAUACAGGAGCGCGAAAAUCGCGAACGCCUUUCCCUGCUGAUGCGCGACGCGAAUCUGGAGACACAGCAACAGGCUGAGGCACUAAGUCGUAGCAUCAGCUCACAUGGCGUCAAUCCCAUUGCGCCAUCACCUCGAAUGCGCCGGGACCCACCAGCAAUUAUGCCCGCGGCUGAGGAGAUAUCGAAAGAGCUAAAGAAUACACCAAUCUUUAGACGACCGAAGACCGGUACCAAUGUACCGAAUGAGGAUUACCGUAAUUCCGGAAACACCCACCAUUGAUACGUCAACCCGAUCAAUGCCCAACUUUUCCAAGCUGCGUUUGGCCACAAAACCACGGAAGUGAACGCUCAUAGAAGUCAACAUUUAUUAGU